GCAGGAGCUCACGGCUUCAGAUCCAGCAACACCGACAAUGACGCGUUUACUCGAUGACAGAAGACGUAUCUCUGCUUCACAAAACAGAUAUAUGAAGUGAGGGAUGAACGCAGAGGACUCUGUGGGGAAACAUUUCACUCCACGGACCGAGCUCUCUUACUCCCGCGUGGCUUCAGUGAAACGAGACAGAUAAAAAAAAAAAAACAUUUUCGCGAGCUGUGCAGCCUCGGGCGCGUGAAGUCUGGGAUAUAUUUUUCCACCCUGUUCAGCGCUUCCUGUCUGCUUUCUGUGUGCACACUGCUGGUUUUUAUCUAGAGGGGGAGUGUUUUUUUUCUGUCUGUCUGACUGAGGAGUGCAAAUUAAAAGCGGUAUCCACCUUUUUCUGCAAGAUGUUUUGAGCGCCAAGGGGGGCUGAGAGCGGCUGGUGUCAUCAGGGGGAUAGAAGGAGGAGGAGGAGGGGGGGGGGGGUGUCUCCACUGCGCAGACAAGCGGCGGAUCGUCUCUGCGCUACCGCUCGUCUCCUCUGAUCCUCAGCAGGCAGACAGACAGUUUCAGGAGGAGGAGGAAGGAGCGGGUGAAAGAGGGAAAGGGGGCUUCUUUAAGGGCUAGAAAUCUGGAAAUAUACGGCGGAAAAAUGACGAUGUCCGUCCCCGAGAGGAAAUCAGGAUCGGAGGGGAAAGAGGAGGAAAGCGAGGAUGAGAGUGAGAUCUUGGAGGAGAGCCCAUGCGGGCGCUGGCAGAAAAGAAAAGAGCAGGUCAGCCAAGGUAAUGUCCCCGGUGUGGAGAGUGCGUCUCUGGCCAUGGACACAGAGGAGGGCGUGGAGGUGGUGUGGAACGAGGUGCUCUUCUCGGACAAGAAAGUCUUCAAAGCACAGGAGGAGAAGAUCAAGGAGAUGUUUGAGAACCUGAUGCAGGUCGAACACCCAAACAUCGUCAAGUUUCACAAAUACUGGCUGGACAUGAAGGAGACCCAGGCGAGGGUUAUAUUCAUCACAGAGUACAUGUCGUCGGGCAGCCUCAAACAGUUUCUGAAGAAAACUAAGAAGAACCACAAGACUAUGAAUGUGAAGGCCUGGAAGAGAUGGUGCACCCAGAUUCUCUCCGCCCUCAGCUAUCUGCACUCUUGUGACCCACCGAUAAUCCAUGGCAACCUGACUUGCGACACCAUCUUCAUCCAGCACAACGGCCUCAUAAAGAUCGGCUCAGUUUGGCAUCGGCUUUUUGUAAAUGUGUUUCCAGAUGCCAGUGUGCACGGUAAAGGGAGGCAACAUCGCGAUGAGCAGAGGAAUCUGCAUUUUUUCGCUCCAGAAUAUGGAGCUGGUGAGGAUGACCACGCCAUAGACAUUUUCUCCUUCGGCAUCUGCGCUCUAGAGAUGGCAGUACUAGAGAUCCAGGCCAACGGAGAUACUGCCGUGUCCAAGGAGGCCAUCAUCAAUGCAGGUCAAUCUCUGGAAGAUCCUCUCAUGAGAGAGUUCACUCAGUCCUGUUUGCGUCAGGAAGCCAAGCUCCGUCCUACAGCUCACGACCUUCUGUUCCAUCGAGUGCUGUUCGAGGUCCACUCCCUCAAACUGCUCGCCGCCCACUGCCUCAUCAACAACCAGUACUUGCUUCCAGAAAACUGUGUGGAAGAGAAAACCAAAUCCUUCGACCCCAACGCUGUCAUGGCAGAGAUCAAACAUGAAGACAGACAGGGAGUUCAGCUCAAAUAUUCCCAUGUGUCACCUUUAGAACUCGACAAGUUUCUGGAAGAUGUCAAGAACGGGAUCUACCCCUUAAUGAACUUUGCCUCGUCUCGGCCCCAUCCCGUCCCCCGAGCCCUGUCGCUGUCUCAAGAGCAGGUGGAGACGGUCAAAACGCCGACACCUGAACCGCAGGAGACGGAAACAAGGAAGGUUGUCCAGAUGCACUGUAAUCUGGAGUCAAAUGAAGAAGGGACCAAAACUCAUGUGAGUCACACAGUAUUACAGCUCGCUUUGUUUCUGAAGAUGGAUGACAAACUUCACAGGCAGCUCAGCUGUGACAUCCUCCCAACCGACACUUCUAAAGACCUCGCCAGUGAGCUUGUUCACUACGCCUUCAUAAAUGAGGAGGACAGUGAGAAGGUAGCAGGGUUCUUGGAGGACGCAAUCAAUCGACAUCGUGUUCGGACGCUCGCCUCUGGGAGCACACAGUGAGGAGGGGGUCACGACAGAUGGCCCAGACAGAAGGUGCCGGUUGCGACCAAACGGGUCGACUACAGAGGGGGAGGACAGCGGGCAAGGAUCACACAGCCGAGAGCUGAGAGAGCGAUGGGAGCUGAUCCAGCUAAAGAAUAAAUAUGGGACAUAUACAGAAGGAUUCUGGUGCUCGAGAGUCAGAAAAUUGUCCCUAGAGAGAGCGCCAGAGGAAGAAACCCCAGGAACUUCUAUUUGGAGGGCCAUCAUGGCUGUGUGCAGCAAUCCCACAAAGCAGUGGAAGAUUGACGAACUCCCUGCCUGGAGGGGCUAUCAUGCCUUAAGAUCUAUUGCAGCUUAGGUUUUCCAUAAUGCCACUAUUCAGAACGGAAAUGUUUUGUCAUACAAAUGCAGCACAAAUACAUUUUACUGCUCAUACGCCUUAUUUGGACUCCAAUGUCUACUUUGAUUUUGUGAUUAUUUACUUUGACUUUACAAAAGUUAAAGCCUCUGUCCGUCCCUUACAAACCCGAACCAUCCGUUAAAUCGAGGAAUAAAAUAUUCCGCCCGACAAGCAUUGUGAAUACUCGUGCAGUUGACUUAUUUAUUUCUUUAUAACUGUGAACAAUAGAAGCUUUGCACAAGCCUGUUUUCUUUUCUUUCACACAACACUGCAGUCUUUGAUUAAAGGUCACUUCUCCCAGAGCUCCACACGCCAUGCCUAAAUGUAAUGACGAGAAUCGAGAUGAUGAUGCCUCUCUUCUAAGCCUGUAGUGCUCUUAAGGGGUUUCCCUGUGAACGUGUUCUGAAAGCCAAAGAUUUACAAGUGCCUGCUAUGGCAAUAUACUUUGGAUAAGAAAAAGUUCUAAUCAAAGGGCGUUGUACCGGACUUAUAUAGCCUACUUGUAGUUUUACUCAUUUAGGCUGACUUUUACAAUUUCCAAAACCAGCAGAUGCAUCGAUUUGGACUUAUUUGAAUCUCUUAUCAUGAUUCUACAUCACAAAGUCAGUCUUUGAGAAUGUCCAUUAAGAGCUAUAGCCAAUAUUUGUAUUGAUCAUGUGAUAUUCUGCAGCUUGUGUACAAAAAAUUUAAAUAGGAAGAAAUUAGAUCGACAAAAUAAAGGCUUGUCGAUAUAAAUUGCCAUGUUGUUUAUAUAUAUAUUUCUGCCACACUCAUUUUUGCCAGCAUACAUCUAAAAACCAUCACAUUUUUUUAGAGUUUGUUGCAUCAGGGUGUCUUUUGAGGGUUUUGAAGGAAAUUAAUCUACCCAAAAGCCUUCCAGAAUAAAUUAUUUUAGUCUUCUCCUAAUCCAUGAUAUGCUUAUCUGUGUUGCUUUCCAUUGGCUGCAGGCGAUAAAAAAAAUCAUUCUGAUUGAAGUGUGCAAUAUUCUCAUUUGGACAAUAAUUCUUUAGUAACACAUACCCUGUAUUUUAUUCAGACAUUUUCACAGUGAACUUUGGCAUUGGUUGCACUGCAGCCCACACUAACACAAAAAUAAAACACAUCCCCUUCGGCUCUUCCAGAUUUUCUUGUGAGGAAUCCAGUCUUGGCAGCUUUGGGAGGAUUUUUCCUGAACAGAACUGGGCAGCAAAAAACAAUAGAGGAUUGUAUGAUUGGUCUUCAGCAUUAGUAUCACUUGGCCGUGCUUCAUUUGUUAACCUGGGUCUUUUAGCUGCUGUACAGUCAUUGCAAACAGGACUUAUACUCUUCUCUGUGUCAUGCCUUCUUAUUUGUGUGUUUCUCUGAAAUCUACAAAACAUUCAUCUACUAGAGGCUGUGCUGUACAUAUUUGUUUAUGGCUGUUAAAGGGUUUUAAUUUUAGACAACCUUUCAAUGCAAAGCAGUGCCACUGUUGCGCUCAUAUGAUCUUGUAAGCUGCAUGUCUUAAUAGCCUGCAACCGGUCAGAACUUGCAUUUUGCCUUUUUGUCAGUCCCAGUUUGGUCCCAGAAGGGACCUGAAUGUUUGGACUGUGCAAAUGGGAAGAAAGCAUCCAUAUCAGUCUUAUUCAUGUCUAAUGACUUUUUUUUCUCUGUGUGCAUCUGUUGAAUAAAAACUUGCCUUUGGAUGUGUUCUUAAACUUUUGUUUGAUAUUUUAGCUCCUGCAAUUAAAUACAUGACAAUAAACAUUAUGUGACAUGUUG